CUUCAUACAGCCCGCUGUAAUCAUGGCUACCUAAGACCAGAGUGGCGGGCGGACCGAGGCUCUAAGGAGAUAAGGUCGACGGAAUUCUAACUAACUAUCCAGUGAUCCACCUUGGUUACCUUGUCUAACUAUCCCAGGCUUACAGAUGUCAACCUAGCGACUUCACAGUUAACACUUGUAUUUCCCACCCACCAAACCCCGGUUUGAUCUACUGCGUUCCACCAAAAAUAUCGCCUUUUCACAUAUUCCGUACAUACCGCUCGAAACGUCAAGUUAUGGUGUCCCAGCGGGAUCGAGAUUUGUUCAGGGACGAUGUUCGCUCGCGCGGCACGAAGCUCUCUGCUGCCGAACGUGAGAAAAUUCUACGGCCAUACCUACCAGAUCCCUCGGACAUUUCUCGUCGACCAACUCAACGGCGCAAGAAGGCGCCCAGAAAGACACCCAUACGGACUUUUCUCAAGUCGCAGCUACAUCAGUUUACCUAUACCUUGAUCCACAUUUUCUUCGGUUUAUAUGUGCGCAUCGUACAAGCAUACCAUGCUCUUGUGGAUCGAAUCCUGGCUAUCAUCUACUAUCACCACCGCACGCCAGAGUUGAUCCGGAAGGAUGUGAAAAAUCUAGACCGGCUGCCGGAACACCUGAGUGUGGUUCUUUCUAUGCGAAGAGAAGAUGAUGCGUUGGCCAUAUUGAUGGACGAUGUAGCAGAGCUUGCUGCCUGGUGCAUGAGCGCAGGAAUCCCCGUGCUGAGUGUGUACGAAAAGAGUGGAAUCCUGAAAUCUUGCAUCCCUCCCCUCCACCAGACGAUCACGAACAAGCUGUCUUCAUACUACGAUUCUUCCCGACAGCCCGCGUUGCAACUCUUUGCCCCUCACCACCCUGUUUACAACCCGUCUUCGGAUAGCGAACGAACGCAAAGCUCAGCACCCGGCUCCGGCUCCCUUACAGUUCUUCUCCUGUCUGCUACAGAUGGUCGCGAGACAUUCGUGGACUUGACCAAAACCCUGGCAGAGAUGUCUCAGAACGGGAAGCUGUCCCCGGAAGACAUCACCAUGGAGCUGGUCGAUGCGGAAAUCAGCGAAAUCACAACGCAGCCUUCGCAAGCAGCUGCAGCACUCUCCGAUGAUAACAGCAACGAUCAAUCCUCUAUCGAGUCUCCUGGGGUAUCUAUAAAGCCCGAGCCCGACCUUCUCCUGGUCUUUGGGUCGUUUCUGAAGUUAGAUGGCUAUCCACCCUGGCAUAUUCGGCUCACGGAGAUGUUCUGCACCGGUGACAAGAUUAGCAAUAUUUCCGGGUGUGGAGAAGCCGUAGAGUAUCAGGGAUUUAUCAGAGGGUUAUGGCAUUACGCCGGCGCUCAAAUGAGAUUUGGUCGGUGAUAGGGCCUAGAAGAAUAAUGGACUGUUACAAAUGCAUCUUUGCGUUUUUC